GUGUGAGCCAACCUUGUUAGUAUGCUUGUCAGUGUGCGUGAGUUUGUGUGUGUCUGUGUGUGUGUCUCGACAAAGGCUCCAUCCAACCAGACUGCAGAGGGCUGCUUGUUCCCACAGACCCUCACAGAGCCUCAGAGCUCCAGGACUUCUAGUGUCUCCGCCGUCUCCACCGACCCAGCCGCCUGACGCAGACUCAGACCCUCACCCUGCCCCUCCUCCUCCUCCAGGAGCUCUUGCUCGGCUACUGAUGGACAGGACGAGCAGAGCCCGGUUUUAAAGUGGGAAACUUCAGGGGAGUAUUGGCAGUCUGGAAGUGUGAGGAGAGGAGAAGAGAGCUCCUUCUACAAACGUCUUCUUUUGGAAGCUCAGAAGUCUUUUAACCGUUUCCCUGGAAUUGUCUUUUCGUGGUUUUGAACCUGCGGCUCACUGAAAGGCUUUUGAGACUCUCCUUUUCAUCCGGUCGCUUUUUGUUCAUCCUGACUUUUCGGAGACAGAACCAGAAUCCUCCCUGAGAAUCUCUCAGUGUGAAGCCUCCACUUCUCGGUCUGAAUCCUCCACCUCUCGGUCUGAAUUCUCCACUUCUCAGUGUGAAGCCUCCACCUCUCCGUCUGAAUCCUCCACCUCUCGGUCUGAAUUCUCCACCUCUCAGUGUGAAGCCUCCACCUCUCGGUCUGAAUCCUCCACUUCUCAGUGUAAAGCCUCCACCUCUCCGUCUGAAGAACCCACCAUGGUGCCGCCCGUCGCCCUGUGGCUGUGCAUCAGCCUGGUGCUGAUCUUCACAGAGGCCGGGAGUACCGAGCGAUCGGAGGAGCCGUCCUCCCUCAUCCAGUUGGAGCGCCUCUGGAUCGGGACGGAGGAGGGCCGGCCCAUCCCCGACGUGCUGGACCUGGACCAGGCCCGCCGUAGCCACAACCGCCGCCCGGCCCGCGGUGCCGAGGAGGACGAGCAGCAGUCCACCUUUGGCCAGUCCUUCGAGAACGACUCGGUGACACCGCCACAGGCCACAGAGUUUGCCAACGGGACGAAUGUCGGGGCCGGAAACGCCUCCGAUUCGGGCGCUGACCCACCCGAUCACCCGGGACUCUUCAACCCCUUUUACCCGCUGGCAGACAGCUCGUACUCGGCCUACGCGGUGCUUUUCCUGGCUGGCCUGGUGCUGGCGGUAGGCGUGGUGGGAAACAUGGCCGUCAUGUGCGUGGUGUGGAACAACUAUUACAUGAGGUCUGCCUGGAACUACCUGCUGGCCAGCAUGGCAUUCUGGGACUUCCUUGUCCUGGUGCUCUGCCUCCCUGUGGUGGUCCUCAACCAGCUUUCCCACAGGAGGAUCCUGGGCGACAUUACCUGCCGUAUGGUGCCCUACAUGGAGGCAGUGUCUCUGGGCAUCACCUCCUUCACGCUGUGCGCUCUCGGCAUUGACCGCUUCCUCGCCGCCACCUCCACCUCCACCUCCCCACUGAAGGCCCGGCGGGUGGAGCGCUGUGGCGCCGUGCUGCUGAAGCUGCUGCUGGUGUGGAUCUCCUCGCUGACACUGUCCAGCCCAGAGAUCUUCCUGUGGCAGCCGAACCGCUCUGUCUCCCCGUCCACAGGCCGGCUGGUUGAUUCCUGCACAGUCACCCCCUCGUCCCCCCUGUCACUCUACCUGCCCGACUCCCUGCACUCCCUGCUGCUCAGGUAUCACCAGGGUCGGAUGUGGUGGUGCUUUGGCUGCUACUUCUGCCUCCCCAUCCUCUUCACCGUGCUCUGCCAAAUGGCCACGCGCAACGUCAACAGUGACUCAAGCUCCGCCCAGAAGCAGCGCGGCCACGACGACCGCACAUCCUCCAAUCAGAAGCGGCACCAGGUGGUAGAGCGCCAGCUGAACUGCACGCUGCUGGCGCUGGCGGUGGUGUACGGCAUCUGUGCAUUGCCCGAGCACGUGUGCAACAUCACGGUGGCCUACGCGCGCAUCGCCGUCUCCAAGGACACCGCUGCCAUGCUGGCGCUGCUGCAUCACUUCCUGUUAUUCUUCAAGUCCUCAGUGACCCCCGUGCUGCUGCUGUGUCUGUGUAAGGCCCUCGGUCAAGCCUUCAUGGACUGCUGCUGUUGCUGCUGUCAGGAGUGUCAGCCAACCAGCGCCCAGGACUCGCCAACCUCUGCCCAGGUCAAACUGAACGCAGUCACUGAGACAUCCAUCUAUUUUGACAAGGCUAAAGACACGUCCGCCAUCUUGUCCGUCUCUAGCUAGAGCCCACUCACUCAUUUUCCAUCAAUCAAUUUUUACGGUUCCUCUUCCAUGUUUAACCUUCCAGUUUCCUCUCUCCUCUACAAACACCUCUUCUCCAUCUUUCCAGAGUUUCCAUGUGUAUGAUAUUCCUCUACGGACACAGUGAUUCUCUCUCCAGCUUACUGGACGCACAGAAUGUGACGUUUAAUCAGUAGUAAUGGUAGAUAAGUUGCUGUACAACCAGCUGUUUCAGGAUUUGCCGAACAGACUCUUCCUGCUAUAAUAAUGUUUGAUGUAAAGUGCUUUUUCAGUCAGUCCGAAGCUAAAUUUUUUACCUGUUUGAUGAGGAAGUUAGUGACACCGUUUAAACCAGGCUAAGAAGAGCGUUAGCACUUAUUUCUAACACUAGCAGUGUGAAAGUUAUAUUGCUGUUUUCCUAAUGCACGGUGGAACUAGCUAGCUUGCUAACUAGCGAACUGUACGCCAAUUAGCUAGCUUGUUUGUCCUUCGGAGCAAUGGGGGGUGUGGUGGAGGGACAUUUGGACGAGGCGCUUCUGCUGCCUAUUUUUUGGCUAAUUUCCUGUAAUCAUUGUAGCAUCAAAACAGGGUGGAGCUAAAUAGCUAACUAGUGCACAGCUGCCUAGGUAUCUAGAUAGUGUACAGCUAGCUAAUUGGCUAGCUAGUCCCACUAUGCUUUGAUGCUACACUGACACCCCAAUCCUUCUCCAGAGCCACGGGGAGUGAGAUGGAGGGACAGUUAGACUUAGCCCUGCUGCUAGCUAGCUAACUAUCCAGCUAUUCACUAGCUAAUGAGCCAGCUGAAUGCUAGCCGCUAUCUUGGGAACUCCAACAUGCUUUAAUGCCACUAGUUACGCAGGGUCGCUGAAGCAUUAAGUAGGCUCACUAAACUUUGGAUCAUGACUUCUUGUAACAGUCUUGACUUGGUGAAUGUUUUCUAAAAGGUAAGAAGUGAAGGAAAGAAGGAGAGAAGCAUUGUUAAAAGGACUCAGACCUUCUCAGCCUCUUUGUACAGGAAGUGAAACAAGCGGAACUUGUAUUAAUAUUUUUUAGUACAGCAGUUUUCACUCAGACUGUCAGAAUCAAACCACUAGAGCAGAUUAGUGAAUCACUAAUUACAUCUUUUUGUGAAGGCAAAUGAGAUCAUGUUUUGUCACAAGAUUGUUUAUGUCUUUGUAUGUUCAGCGACAUGAUGUUAAAACCAUAUGAAUGUUGUCAGAGCCUUUGUGCCUCCUCAAAGUAUUAUUGUGUAGAGAUGAAACAUCUUUGAUGGAAAAGCUCAUUUAAUGCUUAGUUCGUUUCCAGUUGCCUUGGAAAUAAAAACAACAAAACAAAUAAUAACAAGUUUGAAUACGUGAAACCUUUUACAAAAGUAAGUUCAAAUUUGAAAUUUUCUUUAUUCAUCAUAAUCACAAAUAAACAUUAUUAUUCCUCCCUUUGGUUUCAUUCAACUAUAAAUGGUGAAUAUAUAAGUGUCCAAUUAUGUGGCCAAGCUUUUACAUUUUUUUUUUCAAACAAUAACUGAACAAAAGAAAGGAGACAUAUUGACAUAUCCUAUUGUUUUGUUAGCGAUUAUUAUGAAGUUCACAUUAAGGCCACUUUUUCAUAAAUCUUUAAUAAAGGGACAGUCCAGACAAACACACUAACCUUUGUCUUUUUCUGUGCACAUUUGUGAAUGAGAUUCUACAGAGAAAUAAAUGCUUUUUACUUG